GGCUGUCACUACCUCCGCCGAAGUCGCCCCUUCCCGAAGGGGGCGACGGGGGGACGCUGCCUCCGUCCCCCGGAAUCCCGUUGCCGGGUGCCGUCGGUGCCGCCUCGCGCACAAACGGCGUCGCUUGCCCUGGCCCACGAGCCUCCAUCAAGUCGAGGUCGGACUCACUCUUUGGGUCUCUCUCCCCCCCCCAACCUUGGCGUGAUGCAUCCGCUCUGCUCUCGCCAUCCCUGCCCUCCUCGUCAUCUGCAAGAGGUAGCAGUGCGCGUGUGCUCGUGCUCUUCUGGACGGGUUUCACCUGUCCCUCGGACAUCGAACAGCCAAGACAGGGUAGCAGCGGUCCAUCCGUCAGCUGCACGACCUGCAGCUCCGCCGUGAUCCUGAGCGAUGUAUCGUGGGCAUGGCCGUGCGCGAGGUGGUACUCGUUGAGGUUAGUGGGGGUGGCUGCUUUCGCAUCGCCAGGAACAAUGAGUGCGGCACAGGCCGUGUGUAGCGUUGGCUUUAUUUGAUAGCCUCGUUGGGUCAGCAGUUUCCCAGUCGGGGGAACCACACCUCCCCCCCGGCUUUCGUGGUCAGCGUGAGGCCCCUCUUCAACCCCGAAUACGUGUGGCCCUCCUCCGCCGACGAAGACAGCGAGAGGAGGUUGUAGGCGGCCUCUGGUACAUGGGCAGCUUUCAGUACUGGUACGGGUACUCCACCAUACUCCGUCUGAAGGACUAAGGUCACAUCUCCGUGGCCUAGAAGAGGAACGGGGGCCUUGUUGCCUCCGAUCCCCUUCACCCAACCGCUACGCUCAUGGUAGUUCACGAAGUUGUCUGCACAUCGGAACACGGAGCACGUGGCCGCUGUGUCGGCCACGUACACCGCCUGGCCACGUACACCGCCUGGCCGUGUUCCACAACCCGCACUAGACCUACUUCACCAACGGUACCACACUCGCCUGGGGGGACUGCCACGGCACAAAACGCCUGGUCUUCCACGGAGUCCACGUCGCUCUCAUGCUCCACCUCUUGCGCUAGGACGACCUCCUCCGUCGCGCACUUUCCUUUGGUGUGGCCCCACCCCUCGCAGCGCGCACACCACGGCACGAAGUCCUUCUCGUUGGUAGUGCAGCCGAUCGCUUGAUGUCCACACCUAAAGCACCGGCCCGGGCACUUAUAGUCCCCGCCACCGCCGCCAUCGGCACCUCCACUGCUGCUUCCCUUCCUCUCCUCGACUCCUCCGGAUCCGCCUGAGCGGCCGCCGCGACCGCCGCCGCCGCGGCCACGACUGUUGCUGCGGCCACGGCCGCCGCCACGACCACGACCUUACCCCUGACUCCUACUUGAGUACCGCUCCNGACCUGUCUCUUAUACACAUCUAGAUGUGUAUAAGAGACUUCCCUUGCUCUCCUCGACUCCUCCGGAUCCGCCUGAGCGGCCGCCGCGACCGCCUCCGCCGCGGCCACGACUGUUGCUGCGGCCACGGCCGCCGCCACGACCACGACCUUACCCCUGACUCCUACUUGAGUACCGCUCCUUGCGGCCCUCACCAUCGGCGAAGUACGCUUGCUCUGCGCCCUUCGCCCCUUUUCCUUUCCCCUGCUCUAGCUUGUCCUUGAUCGCCUUGUAUUCGCUCAUUACUUCCUUUAGCACACCGGUCCGCGUCAACUCCCUCGCGUGUCGCAGGUUGUGCUUUGUCAGGGCAUACUCGUCCGAAAGGGCAUCCAGGAAGAGGUGAAGGACGAAUGUUUCGUUGACAGUUAGUCCUUUCUCGGUUAAGGACUUUGCGGUUUGGAGCACCUUAUUUACGGCGUUUUGGGGGUUUUCACCUCUAGAGAUCUUGGUCGACGUCAGGGACUUGAGGUCCUCUGACGGCUGUACAGAUGAUUCAGGGUCGUGUAUUGUCUUGAGCUCACGAAGAGCUCCCUGGGGCGUCUCUGCCCUCUUCAUGAUUUUCCGAUCUUAUCUUUCAACGCGUGAGACAGGAAGUUCCACGCGUGGAAUGCGAGCUCUACUUGCUCCGGUACUGCUGUGACAGCUCUUUCAACUGUUGACGGGGAUUUCCAAGCUCCCGCUCUCUUCAAAUUGUUCCAACAGGUUUGCGCCAUUAGCUGCCAUGCGGAAAUCAUUUAGCCAUUCGUUGAAAGCACUCGAUUUCCCGCUGAACGGAGGAGAAUUGUACCGAACACUUUGGUACCCCGUCGCUGGGGUUGUGGCUCCGUAUCCAAAGCCAACAGCAGCACAACCAUCUCCCAUGGCACUACUUUAAUCUUGCUUUUGAGCAGCGGCUUCU